UCCAGGUGAACAAGCUCAAGACUUUGCUCUCAGGCAGGAAGAAGAUGACCGACAGCGAGUUUGGCUAUAUUCACAUGCUGGCCCAGGACUACCUGAAGUACGUCUUGCAGAUACCACAGCCUGGAUCUGGUCCAAGCAAAACAUCCAGGGUGUUACAAGACGUUGCUUUCUCAGUCCAAAACGAAGUUGAAAAGAAUUUGAAACCAUUCUUGGACAAUAUUGAUGUUGUGUCCAUAGACACCGCCAGAACAAUAUUCAACCAAGUGAUGGAAAGGGAAUUUGAAGAUGGCAUCGUUAACUGGGGAAGGAUUGUGACCAUAUUUGCAUUUGAAGGUAUUCUCAUCAAGAAACUUCUAGGAGAGCGAAUUGCCCCAGAUGUGGACACUUACAAGGAGAUUUCUUACUUUGUUGCAGAGUUCAUAACCAAAAACACAGGAGAAUGGAUAAGGCAGAACGGAGGCUGGGAAAAUGGCUUUGUAAAGAAGUUUGAACCCAAAUCUGGCUGGCUGACGUUUCUGGAAGUUACAGGAAUGAUCUGUGAAAUAUUAUGUCUCCUGAAGCAGUACUAUUGACCAAAAAGGACACUCCAUAUUGUGAAAUCUGCCUAAUUUUCUUGAAUUGUACAAGAAGCACUUGCUAACACUUACUUCUACUUCUAAACAAAGAACUUUGAUGAUAUAACUUGACAUUCCAGAGUUAUGGGAAUUUUG